CACUCAUGAAGUGUGUCUUAAAAAGGUUGCCAAACAACACACCAAUCUCACCAAGGCCACACAGUGCAAGUUCCAAAUCUGCAAAUUAGCAAUUUUGUUUUACACCUGUGAACAAUAAAUAAUACUGUUUGCUCUAUUAAAUUGGUAGCAUAUUAUUCAAGAACGCUUUCAAUUAAGCACAAUAAAUCACUUUCAUCCACCCCAACGCUGUGUUUGUGACCUGUCCCAUCAUCCACCUUAUAACCGAGACAUAUGUUGCUCUUAAUAAAAGAGGUGAUGACCAUCUGCGCCCUGUUCGAUCACCUGCAGUACAGGCGCGCCCCCGCGCAUUGAUAGCCCACUCGAGUGGAGGCGCGACUCUCUCUCUCUCUCUCUCUCUCUCCCCCUCUCUCACUGUAUCUCCAGAAUUCAGAUGCUUUGCAAAGUGUCAGUUCAGCUAGGUGGAAAUCAUGUUUUUACAUACUAUUAAGAAGAGACGACACCAUUAAACGGUAGACAAAGAAGUCUGAAUAAAGUUCGUUUGUAAUUCCCUCCAUCGUGUUAUUCAAAUGCGUGUGUGAAACAAGCGAGGAUGCGCGCGGCACUCCGGAUCUUUUGUGCUUUGACUUUUCUCGCCUCGUGCGUCUGUGGCGCGAGAGUUGUGAGUGGUCAAACUGUGUGUCAGGGUAGUCCUGAGCAUCCAUGUUAUAAGAUUGCUUACUUCAGGGACGUGUCGAGUCGCGUGGCAUUCUGGGAGGCUCUGGAGGCGUGCGAGAUGGACGGUGGUUCAUUGCUGAGCAUUGAAAGCCCAGCGGAGCAGAAGCACAUCGAACAUCUCCUGAAAGAACUGAGCGUCUCCUCCUCCUCCGGUGCCGUCAGUGGAACGAGCAUCACAGAUGGAGACUUCUGGAUCGGUCUGACUCGCGUGGAGAGCGAGAGCGCUCCAGAGCCCGGCAGUUUCGCAUCGUGUCCCAACCUGUACAAGUGGACAGAUGAAAGUGUCUCACAUUUCAGAAAUUGGUACGCUGAUGAACCGUCCUGUGGAGGAGAAGCUUGUGUGGUGAUGUACCAUCAGCCAACAGCUCAGGCCGGGCCUGGUGGGCCGUAUCUCUAUCAGUGGAACGAUGACCGGUGCAAUAUGAAGCACAAUUUUAUCUGCAAGUAUGAACCAGAGAGCUACCUGGUUAAAGAGCAGAGUGACAGACCUGCAGGGCGUGAUUCUGAUCUUUCAGAUGAAGACCUGGUGGAAAGAAGAACGCCUCAAGUCAACCAUGACGAAAGCCCUCAACCCAUCAUGCCUGGGCCCUCAAGUAUGCUGCUAAUCUAUGUGAUCAUUCCCACCAUUCCACUACUGUUGUUGAUCUUGGUGGCUUCAGGGAGUUGCUGUUUCCAGAUGUUGAGCAAGAGUACACCACGGACCAAAACAAGCAUUAACCAAUCAACUCUCUGGAUUUCCAAGACGCCAAAGAUGGACAGUGCCAUGGAAGUUUAAAAAAAACACGUAACAUCUCCAUCAUCCAAGCAGCUUUGUUUCUGGGUUUUUAACCCUGAUUCUCGUCUGGUUGUUAAUGUUGUGUAAUUUCAAAAGCAAGCUAAUGUGUGGCAAUGUCUGCACAGUCAGUUACACAUAUAGUUCACUUUACUGUACACACGUUGUGCUUAGAGACGCUUUCCAUCAUCUUUCAAACUGUUCAGAUCUAUGAAUCUAUGAAUUUCAAUUCACUCUCAGAUCUUUUUCUACAUUUCAUGUUUCUGUCAGAUAGUCUGACCUGAGGUUGCUGAGGGAGGAGGAAUGCUAACUGGCACCAAACAGUGAGCAAUUAAAUUACUGUAAUAAAGACGAGUGCAAGUGGGAAUAACAUAAAAAGAGGAAUUAAGGUUUCCCGCUGACAGUAAUAAAGUAAAAAUGUAUCACUAAAAGCGCAUUAAAAACAGAAAAUAGCAUAAUGCAACUUCAAAAGGUUUUAGAUGAAUAAAAAAAAGAUGAUGAGUUAAUAACUUUUCCUCAAGCAUUUCUCCUGAUAAUGUUGAAUGCAUUAGCAAUGAUGCCAAAAUAUCAUGUGCAGUGGAUAGUACAUCGAUCUGCUAGUUUAAUAGUGUUAGAUUCAAGUUAAAACAUGUGGUCAUUCUCCAAAUAACUGAAUAGGGUUGUUGUGUAGCGUCUGUUCUGUAGCCGCUGGGGAAGCCAUUAAAAACAACCUGAGGAUUAUAUAAUUUAAAAAUGUACAUAUUUUUGUAUGAUGCAGUUGCAAAGUUUUGAGCUGCCACUUUUGUUUUGCAUGUGAAUAUUUGAUCAUCUCAACAGUUUACAAUACUGCAUAUAGAAAAUCAGCAGGUUCUUGUGCUGUCAGCUGUUAAAGCAUAAAACUGAAUUGCUUCAUAGUAAUAUUGUAUCCAAAGUACGUCUGGUUGCACAGGAAGUCACUGUCUUCAGUUUCUGUGAGUGUGGGUCUGUUGCGUGUUUGAAUUUGAGAUGUAUUAUUAAUACUUUUGUAUAUUUUUUGAGAGAGGUGAAUUGGAAGUGUACACGGAUUAAAAAAUACUACAAAAUU